UUCUCUACCUGUCCUCUGUUGUCUCUGUGAACCUGAUGUGGAGACAUCUGGACUCAUCCGUCUGUUAGUGAGAGUCUGUCCCGACAGGAGGGGACAUCUGAGAGAGGAUGGACAACCAGGGCAGGAAAGUGCUGGUCUGUGACAACGGCACAGGGUUUGUCAAGUGUGGUUUUGCAGGAUCCAACUUCCCUGAACACAUCUUCCCGGCCAUGGUGGGUCGGCCCAUCCUCCGCUCCAGCACCAAAGUGCGAGACAUCGAGAUCAAGGACCUGAUGGUGGGCGAGGAGGCCAGCGAGUGCCGCUCCAUGCUGGAGGUGUCCUACCCCAUGGAGAACGGCAUGGUGCGCUGCUGGGAGGACAUGCUCCACCUGUGGGACUUCACCUUCGGCCCGGACUGUCUGAACGUCGACCCCACGCAGUGCAAGGUCCUGCUCACCGAGCCGCCCAUGAACCCCACCAAGAACCGGGAGAAGAUCGCAGAGGUCAUGUUCGAGAAGUACCAGUUCCACGGCAUCUACGUGGCGAUCCAGGCCGUGCUCACGCUCUACGCUCAGGGUUUGCUGACGGGCGUGGUCGUGGACUCGGGCGACGGAGUCACGCACAUCUGUCCGGUCUACGAGGGCUUCUCCUUACCGCACCUCACACGCAGGCUGGACAUCGCAGGACGUGACAUCACGCGCUACCUCAUCAAGCUGCUGCUGCUCCGCGGCUACGCCUUCAACCACUCGGCCGACUUUGAGACGGUGCGCAUGAUGAAGGAGAAGCUCUGCUACGUGGGCUACAACAUCGAGCAGGAGCAGCGCCUGGCCAACGAGACCACCCACCUGAUGGAGGCCUUCACGCUCCCGGACGGCCGGCAGGUGAACGUGGGGGGGGAGCGGUUCGGCGCCCCGGAGGCUCUGUUCCAGCCUCACCUGGUGAACGUGGAGGGAGCGGGCGUGGCCGAGCUGCUGUUCAACACCAUCCAGGCCGCGGACAUCGACCUCAGGGCGGACUUCUACAAGCACAUCGUGCUGUCGGGGGGGUCGACCAUGUACCCCGGCCUGCCCUCCCGCCUGGAGAGGGAGAUCAAGCAGCUGUACCUGGAGCGCGUCCUGGACGGAGACACUCAGAAGCUCUCGAAGUUUAAGAUUCGCAUCGAGGACCCGCCCAGGCGUAAGCACAUGGUGUUCCUAGGGGGCGCUGUGCUGGCCAACAUCAUGAAGGACAAGGACUCCUUCUGGCUGAGCAGGGCCGAGUACGAGGAGAAGGGUCUGGGGGUCCUGCAGAAACUGGGGGGCGGGAUCAGAUGAGAUCAAUACAUGGACAAAUAAAAGGUGUUACCUAAAUAUUUCAAUUUUUAUAUCACUUUUCAUAGUUUCAUGUGCUGGAUUCAUUGAUUAAUAAUUCAAUCAAUCAAUCUGUUUAUCAGGUAAUACAUAAUCACUUCAUGCAUAUCCAGAAAUGUGCUUCUCUGUGUUUUCAUUACAAUUUUGAUCCUCAAAUUACUUUGAAUGUUCUCAAUGUAAAAUGAAAUGAAAUGUUUCCGACUACAAACAUCUACUGUCGAGAUAAAGAGACAAAUUACAA